AAUCUACACCACAUCCGCGGGGGAAGGGACCGUCUCUUGCACAUGCAGCAGCCAUUCCAUUAAUCCUCUUAGAACAAAGACAAAAUUUCAUCCAUCUCUAUCUGUCUAUUUUCCUGGCUCUCCAGAAUUGGUUCACUGGAUAUUAUUCGAUCUACCUAUCUGCAGAUAAACAAAUCCAGCCCUUGGAUUUUCACAAGGUCAUCCCCUUCGAUUCUUUCUUUCUUUCUUACUCUGAAUAUAUUCAUGGCUUCAAUUACUACACCAAAAAUCUUGCAAGACCAUAAAAACAGUGGAAAUGAUGAUAAUGGCUACGAAGUAAUUAGCCGGCAAGACAUUCAGGCCGCCAUAGCCAAAACAGUUGAGCUUAGAACACUUCAUGCUGCUCUAAUGCAGGGUAAUAGCCCCGCUAAACUCCGGCUCCCCACGGUCGCUUCCCCGGUUUUUCCUAAUUUCACUGCCCAAGAUUACCCUGUCUUCACCCCUACCUAUAAAGACGAACCAUUACCAGCAUAUCAGCAAAUUCAAUUUGAACAGCCAAAUUGUGCUGAAAGUUGGGAUAAGUAUGCCUUGGAGUUGGAUCACGGUGGAGGUUUUGAUGAAACCAUCUUGUCCGAUUACAAAACCACGAGUGAAUCUUUAAGGAACGAGUUGUUGUCCGAUUUGAUCGACUCAGAACAACACGUAUGUCCAGCUGAAGACCAAAUUUCUGUCGGAGGUUCUUUUGCCAACGAUGUUACCGUUCUUACAGCAUCUCCAGGAACUGUUUACUGCAAGACCAGGAGGAAAAGUAUGGGAGACCUUAAAUCAAUAUCAUCUUGCAAUAAGUGUAAACCUGCCUUAAUAAGUAUAGUGACAGAAGGGGCUACCAAGAAUGGCAAGAAAUCAAAUAUCACCGACUCACGCCCUUCCUCGCAUUCACAACAAAGAAACAAAGGGCUGCUGCAUUUUUCUAGGUUGUUUCCGAGGCGAAAGAAGAAGAACGAGGAUGAAAACUCAUCACUAAAUCGGACACAGUCCGAUGAAGUUUCUCGAAUUGUUAACAACUUGGGAACCAUAUCAACUGAGGCAUUGAAGAAAGAGUUAAUGGAAGCAAAUGAGAGCAAAGAUGCGGCCUUAAUCAAAGUCGAGGAGACUAAAACGUCGUUGAGAGAACUAAGCCAGAAGUUGGAAUACUUGGAGACUUAUUGUGAAGAACUGAAAAAUACAUUAAGACAAGAAAAGAAUUCACAUGCUGCUGAUAAUCUUGAAAAUCAUCCAAUUAGGAAAUCAGUGGAUGGUGAUGCAGAAAAAUUGAUCAUGUUUGAGAGCUUUUUGCAGAUUGUAUCAGAAUCAAGAUUCUCAGUCACACAAUUGUGCAAGACUCUCCUGUCCCAGAUCACACCAAAUUUAGUAACCAACCCUGUGCAGCCCUCUCAGGCGAGAUCAAAUCUAGCGAACGAACCUGUUCUGUCCUCCGUAGGGAGCCCAACAAGAUCUCGAGUUGACAGCACCACAGUCGAUAAUUUGAACUUGCUACUACAACCAUAUAAACUUUUCUUGGAUUCAAAGUACACAAGGGCAGUUCAAUACCAUUUGGAAGCGAUCAUAAACCAAUCAUUCUAUCAAGAUUUUGAGAAUCAUAUUUUCCAGCGAAACGGCUCCCCAAAGCUCUUAGAUCCUCAACAAGAUCGUCAAGCACAACUUCAAUCAUUUCUUGCGCUGAAAAAUCUAAGCUGGAAUGAAGUUCUAAGAAAAGGGACAAAAUGUUACAGUGAAGAAUUCAGCGAAUUCUGUGAUCAGAAAAUGAGUUGCAUUAUUACAAAACUUGGAUGGACGAUACCAUGGCCUGAACAGCUUCUUCAGGCAUUUUUCGAUGCUGCAAAAUGCAUUUGGUUGCUCCAUUUGCUUGCGUUUUCAUUCAAUCCGCCAUUGGGAAUUCUACGGGUUGACGAAAAUAGACCGUUUGAUCCUCAUUACAUGGAGGACAUUUUCCCAGACAAGCAGAGCUUAGAGGGUCCAAGGAGGGUCAAGAUCAUGGUAAUGCCUGGCUUUUAUGUGCAUGAUGAUAAAGUUCUCAAAUGUGAACUCUACUUUUCUCCUAACGAUCAAAAAAAUUAGUUCUCAAAAUCGCUCUCAAAGCACUCGAUAAGGGGCUCAUCAUGGGUGGAUUUACUUUACGAGAUGAUUUGAAUUCGUGUAUUAAGAAAGCAAGCAAUGCUCAUAGUGAAAAAGACUUUAGUUCCAGUAAUAACAGCAAUAACAGUACUGAAGAAGGGCAGAAGAAGAGUGAGCUAUUUGAAGAUCAAGAAAUUGUUUCCCGGCAACAUUUCAACAUGCCAAAAGUGAGGCGCAAAUAGGAUUGUUUCAAACCUAAGGCUACAGGGAAUGUCAGGUCGCUCUUAAUAUUGUUGCUGCUCCAUGUUUUUGCAAAGUAAUAUGCUUUAGCAACUCCAGCCAGGUACCUAUGCUUCUGCUUGCCGUAAGUUCUGUACCGAAAUGAUGUCUAAAGUGGUCCAAUACUACAAUGAAUGGCGUAUUGAUGCUCGUCUUUGUUGAGUCAUAUACUGGCUAUGUUGUCUAUCAUCUGUUUGACCAUCUACUUUUGAUGUAUUUCCUCUUUUCUGAUUCAUUAAUGUAGAGGUACAGGGAUAUUCUUUUUAUUCAGUCCCAUAAAUAUGUAUUUCGCGGUGUAGAAAUUUCCUUAUGAAUCUUAGUAUUGAGUAUGCAAGUAGAGACGUAAUUGUAGGCAAUAUAGCUUGAACAUUAGCUUUUAACUUUUAAGAGUCUUAGUUAUGAUAAAAUUGGUUGCAAUAAUUAUUGGUGUAUGUCACACAUCGACAACAAUGAAACGUGUGGUUUAGAUGAAAAUUAGAAUCUUACAUAUUUUGAUAAAAGUUGAUGGAAUGUGUGGUUGAAAAGUUGUUAGCCCCAUGAAAUGUGUGGUUAAAUUAAUAAUUCAUUUUAAUUCAAUUUUGUAGCUGAAUGAAACAGGGGCUAACCCUUAUUCUAAACAAAUUUGGGUUUGCGGUUGGUGUAUAUCAUACAGAAAAGAAAGGGACUAAAGCUAAAAGUUGUGUGAAUGGUAGUAAAAGUGUCUUGAGGAGUUAGCCAUCUUGUUUUCCGUAAUAGAUUUAAUAUUUUUUACUUUAUUCUGGAAUAGAAUUCCUUUAAGAGAAGCUGCAGAUAUAAUGACAUCCUUGGGGGAUAUAUAUAGCCCACAUCUUAUCGGUAAAUUUGUAGGCAGGGGUAAUUUAUUGAACUUUAAUCAUUUGUUGCUGUUUACUCAGUUUCUCAAUCUCUUCUCUUCUUAUUUUUUCGCAUUAUCAUGUUCAUUCAUCUUAAAGAGUGAAUUUGUUCGAAGGUUGACCUAGAUAACAUGGACAAGAAAGAAUUUCUGAAAGUGCUGAAUCUGGAUUUUGACUACUGCAUAUUAGAGGAAGGCGAAAUACUUUACAUCCCUCUGAAAUGGUGGCAUCAUGGGCGGUCUCUCGCUACGAGUUUUUCAGUCAGCUUUUGGUGGAGCUGACACGGGAAAUUCACAAGGUUCUUUCAUUUUCUUGUACACAGGAUAAAUUGCUAAACAUUUGCCAACAUCCUUAUACAAAGGAGCAAUUUUUGGUUUUAUCUGAUUAUAUAAUUGGAUUUAGUGAUGUACUCUGCUGGCAGUUUUGUGCAGACUUGCCUGCCUAAAUAGAGAAUUUAUUUCAUA